GAGAGAUUCUUGUUAAAUUGGAUGACCGAAGCCAUGUGAAUCAUAAACAUGUAGGUCCUGAAACUUACCCGAUUUCCGGCUUCAUCUCUAAACAGAAAACCCACUUGAAAGGGCAAAUGAAAAAAAACCUAACACUUGCCCAAACUCUAUAAAUACCCAAUGAUUCAAGUUAUCUUCAAGUCAUCUACCUCAUCUGAAAUUCAUACAACUAUCUGAUCACCAAACUGUUUUAAGAUCACUUUUUCCUUUCCUUCACUUCAAAAUGGUUAUCCGUUUCCAUUCAAUGGUUUCUCAGUCAAAGCAAAUUCUCAAACUACAAUCUCUUCUCACUCAACCAGCAUCAUCGUUAAUAGUAGAUGUACCUAAAGGUCAUUGUGUUGUUUAUGUUGGAGAAACUGAAAAGAAAAGGUUCUUGGUUCCAAUAUCUUACUUGAAUCAUCCCAUGUUUCAAGACUUACUAAGAAGUGCAGAAGAAGAGUUUGGUUUUGAUCAUCCGAUGGGAGGUCUCACAAUUCCUUGUAAAGAAGCCGCCUUCAUAGAUUUAACUACUCAGUUGAAUGCAUCAUGAAGAGAAACAAAAGCCGGAUGGUCUACAAACAAUUGUAUAUAGCGAUUUUGUUUACUUUUCUUUAUUUGAUUGUGUAGAGUUAGAAAAGACUCUCCCAUUUAAAGAAUCAUUUAAUUAAUACAAUAUUUUUUACUUCCAUUA